UUUUUUUUAUUAUUAUCAUUAUUAUUAUUAUUAUUAUUAUUAUUAUUAUUAUUAUUAAUAUAAUUAUUAUUAUUUAAAUAAAAGUAACUUAAAAAAUAAAUUAAUUAAACAAAAGAAAUUUUAUAAGUCGAAAUUCAAAAAAAAAAAAAAAUUCCAGUCGCACACAACGUGCGACUCGACCUAACUACAGUCGCACGUUUUGUGCGAUUGGUUUUUUUUUUUUUUGAAUUUCGACUUAAAAAAUUUCUUUUGUUUAAUUAAUUUAUUUUUUAAGUUACUUUUAUUUAAAUAAUAAUAAUAAUAAUAAUAAUAAUAAUAAUAAUAAUAAUAAUAACAUAAAUAAUUAUAAUUAUAAUAACAAUAAUAAUAAUAAUAAUAAUAACAAUAAUAAUAUAAAUAAAAAUAAUAAAAAAAAAUGAUAAUGAAAAGUUAUUAACUCCAAUGUCAAAUUUGUAAAUUUUUAAAUUCCAGGGGCAAAUUCGUAAUUUCAUUCGAAGGAGGGUGGCGAUAAAAUAAAAAAGUGGCGAAAAAUAAGAAUCGGGUUAUUUUUAACCAUUUUCCUAAAUUUAAAAUAUAUUCAUUUACAUAUAUUUCAGGAAUAUGCUGAGGAUGACCAGGUCCAACUGAAGAUGAUGCCAUUUUGCACCAACCUAGUUGCUGUUUUCACAUUUGUCCAAGUUAAUGUAGCUGCUGUUGUUGAGGAAAUAGUUUACAGGGGUUUGUUGCUCACUUCCCUGACAAAAUGGGUAGCUACACCCACAGCUCUGCUUCUUUCAUCAGUGGCUUUUGGAUUGUUACAUGUUGGAGCUCAAAGAUUUGACUUGAAUGUUUUUCCCCCUCAUUUUUUCUUUGGUUUGUUUACGGGAGCUGUCUACCUUUAUUCAAGGAAUCUCUGUGCACCAAUUCUGCUGCACAGUGUUUACAAUUCAGCGAUGUUUGUAUACUUUCUGGUAAUUAUUUCAUAG